CUCCUUACAAUUAAAAAAACCUCCUAGAAACUCGUCUAUCAUUUAAUUAUUGAUCCAUUCAUAUUCAUACACAUCCACCAUGGCUCCAUCCUUUCCCCAUCCAGGUCUUCCUCAACAUGGCCUCCCAAUGGCAGGGCGUGGUGAUACAAUUGAAAAACGCUUACAGGCCAUUCUGGCCGUCUCUGCUGCUUCACUCUUCUUCGUAUUCGUCAGCAGCAUGGUUCAAAUGUACGAGAACACCCUCUGUCAUCAAAGCACAUCACUGACUACCAUCAGGACUACUUUCUGGAGACGAAACAAGAUCCGACUGCACAUCACUCCCAAGAACCAACAGCAGCAGCCAUUAUCCUGGCCUCAGUCGCCCUAUCCACUGUCUGAUGUCGAGCAAAACCCCGGAUAUCAGCCCCAGAUGCCGCACCGCCACAUGACGCAGACAGCUCCAGCCACUGCCGGUAAGUGUGGCGCCCAGCGCUAAGGGUUUCCACGAGGCUAAACCCUAAGUUGCCAGAAC